UUUCCCGUAGAUACGGCUGACGAAAGGGGAAUGUUUUCAAACCAGCGACAGGCUGGACGUGGACCCGAGAUAGCUCAUUUUUUCAUUUAAAUGCUUAAUAUUUGAAAUACAUUUGUAUGGUUUCGAUAUCGUGACUCCCGUUUGUAUGAAAUUGUCCGAAUGAAUACGCGAAGACCUGGAAGGCGCUGCUGAGGCCCACGAUGACCCUGAGGAACAGCUGCUACAGCUAGUCAGCAGCUUCACCAUGGCCAAACCUGGGAUGGACAGAGAUGGCGCCAUGGUGGAGAAGCACGUGGUGAAGAAGAGUAAAGAUAAAAUUUCUCCAUUCACCAAGACUCCGAAGGUGGAUCGGAAUGAGAUACUAGGGAGGGAGAUGAAGUCCAAGUCUUCCAUGAAACGCAAACUAUCCUUUACCGUCAGCCCCCCACAGAAUGAGGAACGGGACUCUGACACGGAUUCAGACCCAGGACACUCGAGUGAAACCUGGGCAGAGAGAUUAAUCCCUCCCUGCGCGAUUUACUCAGCAGACAAAGAUGGGCCGGACAAGAAGAAGGUGAAAAAGGAGACUGGUAACAAGAAGUCCACUCCCAUGAACAUCCUGUUCGGCUAUCCUCUGUCGGAGCGGAAGCAGAUGGCACUUCUGAUGCAGAUGACGGCCCGAGACAACAGCCCAGACUCUACCCCAAGUCACCCUUCUCAGGCACCGACAGUACAGAAGAAGAUUGCCAGCACCACGUCGUCCCGGCAGAAGGACAAGGUCAACAAAAGGAACGAGCGUGGUGAGACUCCUCUGCACAUGGCUGCCAUUCGAGGGGAUGCCAAGCAAGUCCGUGAGCUCAUCAGCCUCGGCGCCGACGUCAACGUCAAAGACUUUGCAGGGUGGACGCCUCUCCAUGAAGCCUGUAAUCUUGGUUACUAUGACGUGGCCAAGGUACUCAUCGCAGCAGGGGCAGAGGUCAAUACACAGGGCCUGGACGAUGACACGCCGCUUCAUGAUGCAUCCAGCAGUGGACAUAGGGAUAUUGUCAAGCUGCUGUUACGACAUGGGGGCAACGCCUUUCAGGCCAACAAGCGCGGCGAGCGGCCUGUGGAUGUGGCCGACUCACAGGAGGUGGAGCGCCUGCUGAAGGGCGAGGCUCCGCUCUCUGAGCCGGACGACAGCUCCUCAGGUGGGACAGGGCCAUCUGUCUGGGAAUCAGAAGACCCUCCAUCAGUAAAUCCCUCCAGUAUUGACGACAACAUGGAAUACUCAGACACUGAAAAGGAUUCUGACAGCAAGCAGACUAACACUGCAAAGGCAUCUGCCUCUGUAUCUGGGCUGGAUGAAUAUGAGUUCAAGGACGAGGAGGAGGAAGAAGAUCUGAGCAAGGCUCUGAAUGACCGACACAUCCUCAGGAGGGAGGCGCGCCAGCGAGAGAAGGAGGAGAAGGACAGGAACCAUUUUCUGGCUAAACAGGAUAAGGGUAGCCCAGCCACGGGCAAUUUGAAGAAACCGAAAUCGUCCCGGGUCCUCUUCUGCAGCUCGGAGAGCUCCAGUGAUGAUGCAGAGACCCCCGUGGAGAGGAAAGGCCUCCCCACCAUUGACGGGCAUAAACCUGACAUGAGGCUGAAGAAGGAAACAGGGGCAGAAAGCAAGGAGAAAGGCAAAGUGAAGAAAAAGUACAAAAAUCAAAGUAAAAAUAAAGAAAACCAAGAAGUUAAAGAUGACAGUAAAGAGAACAGUAAGGCAGUGUUCUUUUCUUCAACAGCAGCAGGCCUGGAAACCCCAGAGAAAACCCGAGAAGAAGACUCUUUCAAAAUGUCAUUCAGCCCGAAGGAUGACUCUUCUGUUCACCUCUUCCAUCUACCAACAAUGAAGUCUCCAAAGCUCAACCACAGCCUGAGCGACAAGCAGGCUACCCCACUCAAACAAGAAAAUGUUAAGGCAUGUGUCUCAGUUGGGGAUUCUUCCUGUCAGGUUGAUGGCAUCAAAUAUGACCACUAUGUUGAUGCUGACUGUGCUACAGAGGGCUCUAGCAGCAGAGGAUUCAAGCAUAAGGAGAAGAGCAAACAUCACCAGAGAGAUCUCUGCCUAGAUGGGGAUGACAGGAGCUCCUCCAGCCCUCACAAAGAUGAUAAUCUGGGAACAGGCAUGGACAAUGCUGAAGGAGCAUUACGGAAGACCGACAAAGAUGGCAAAGUGCUCAAAAAACACAAACUGAAGCACUGUGGGAAGGACAAGCACCGGAAAGAGUGUGAGAUGGAGAAGGACAAGCAGAGGCAGAAAGAGAUGAAAAAAGAUGGGCACAGAAAUCUAGAGUUUGAUCGGGAGUUCUGGAAAGAGAACUUCUUUAAGAGUGAUGAAAAUGAGGACUCGAACCCAGGGAAAACAGAGAUGCUCGAAGGUAAUUCCCCACAAAAGGCUGACGAGUCCCCCAUUAAAGAGGAGAGGCCAGUUCGAGAAAAGCAUGCUAGCAUCAAAGACAAGAGACAAAAAGAUGAACGGGAAAAAGACAAAUCCUUCAAAAGAGAGAGAGAGCUUUUCUGCAAAGAGGAACGAAGCAGAGAAGGUAAAACGGGUGAGCUGGAUGAGAAGACAAGCAGCCUCAUCACAGAUGAGGGACGGGACGAAUCCUUGUGUGCUGUAGGCAUGAAAGAGGAGGCAGAGGACCGACCAGUUACCGAGACCGAGGUAGAUCAGGAGCAAAUGGAUCCAUUGGAGAAAGGUACUCGAGAAAAAACAGAGAGAAAACUUGUAGGGAAGGAACGGGAAUGUGAGAGGAUAGACAAAAAACAUUCUGAGAAAGAGAGGAAAAUGAGAGUGGAGCACUUCCCAGAAAAAUCUGAACCACAUAAUUUUGCUGACAAAUGGAGAGAGAGGGAAAAGAUGGUGACCACCUCCCAUUCUUCCGGAGAGAAUAAAUACAAGGAAAGUGAAAAGCUGAAAGCUAUUUUGACUACUAAGAAGCCAGAAGAGAACAAGAAAAGCAGGGACAAGAUGGAAAGGAAGACUGACAAAGAGAAGCAAGAGAAGGAUCGGUAUUCCGAGAACAGAGAGAAGGAUCGGUAUUCUGAGAACAGAGAGAAGGACAAAAUGGGCAUUGACAGAAAAGGCAAAACCUCAGAAAAAGUUACGGAGCACAACAAAUCUGACAGGACAAAGGAAAAGGAGAAAGACUGGGACAAAAAGAAAAAAGACAAGGGGAAAGAUGUCAUUUCCUCAAGCUCAAAUUUGAAAUUGCUUUUGGAAGAGCGAAAAUCCAGCAUUUCUGAGAGCACUAAGAUAUCCCAUGAGAAGAAUGUCUCGGCUAAGCUGAAAGAUGACGUGCUGAAAACUCCAGAAAAAGACCGCAGGGAGCGGGACAGGGAUGCUGAGAGACACCGAGACAGGGAUCGGCACAAAGAUAAAUCCCAACAGUCCAAAGUAUCCAAGACAAACUCUGCAGAUGCCGAAAAGAGCAAAGCAAAAUCUUCACCGGCCCCUAAGGAUGUCCGGCCGAAAGAAAAGAGACUUGUAAACGACGAUCUCAUGCAGACUAGUUUUGAGCGCAUGCUAAGUUUGAAGGACCAAGAGAUCGAACAGUGGCACAGGAAGCAUAUGGAGAAGAUCAAGCAGAAAGAGCGAGAGCGAAUGAAGCUGCGACCAGGUGCAGAGCUAGGGAAAUUGAAGAACAGAGACAGGGUGAGGAAUACCCCAGGAGAUGUCUGUGUGAGCAAAGACCUGCAGCGUUCCAAGAGCUCAGAGGUGUCGGAGACUCAUACCAGAGAGCAAAAAUUGAAAGAUGCCACUGGCACACGUUCGUUCUCCCUGGAUGCCAAGAAUCUGCCGUAUACCGGGAAAUCAGCCCUUUGUCUUGACAGCAGCCUGAGCCGCUCCCCCAAGCCGGAAAGUGAGAGGUGUGGUCCCAUGUGCAGAUCAGUGUCAAUGAUUUCAAUGGCUAGCUCGGAAGACUCCUGCCAAACAAAUGCUCUCACACCAAGACCCUUGAGUGAGUACGACUCCGACUUCACGGUGGAAGGUUCAGACUCCCAGGCAUCCUUUUCACAAUCUUCCUGUGUGACGCAUGCCAUCACGUCACCUGCCGUUCACGAAAAAGAAACUGAUAGUCUACUUGAUGGGGCUCAGCGCAACAAGACUCCUCUCUCUGGUAGACAUGCCACCCCUUAUCUGAGGUCAAUUCUGGAUGACGACUCCAAACCUGCAUAUGCUGAUGCCAAGUCUUUUGAGGAUUCCAGUAGGCCAAGUGUGCUGUCACACUUAAGUAGUGAUAAAGGACCUGUACAAGAUGUGGCUCGUCCACAGUCAAGCCAGAACAUGUCGGUUCUCCGACACCCAAUUCGAAGCAACUGCACUUCUGAUGGUGAGAAUUUUGCCGACAUUGGCAAUGAAGGGCAUGUUUCUGGCAGUCGGCUCCUGCUUGUCUCAAACAGCAACGAUACUCUAGGAAAAGAGCCAAGUGAAAGGGUGUGUCAACAGGCUAACCUUUCACAGUCUGAGGGUAUACCGCCGGCUAUACUAGAACCAAAACAGUCACAUGCCGCUGACCCACUUAUAGAUAGGGGUGCACCAUUUCCACAUCUGGAUGACUCAAAAAUGGAAAUCAUCAGCAAAAAACUAUAUUCGGAAUGUAACAAGGAUACAGAUGAUUCCCUUACUCCAGAAACCUCAGGAAUGUUCCCAUCCUGUUUGCCUGCUGAGCAGCAUCUACCCACAAAUGCCAAAACCACCUCAGAUUCUUGCAACAAGCAGUGGGAUAGCCAUACAGAGAUCAACAUGGAAUUGCUCCAGAGAUCAGAUGCCAGUUUUCCUUCAGGGCUUGAGCAAAAAGAUAAGUCUAUGUGUGAGACUACUGCUUGCAAUCCAGAAAGUAAAGCGGAGGAACACAAGGUGACUGGAAGUUGCAGAGAGGAGUGGGCUAAAAGCCCUGGGCCCUCCAUCGCUGUCUGCAGCAGCAUACAGAGGCCAGACAGUGGGAUCGAAGAUGCCAUGCUGAAUGUCCAAGUAGGCAUCCCUGAAGCCAAGGACAUUCACGAGGAAGCAGACAUGGAGACAGAUGAUGCAGACACAAAAGACGGUAAAACACUAAAACAUGCCAUAGGAUCUGCUGAGCCAUGUGACAUUUCCCCGUGUGACAUCCGUGACCAUCCUGUAUCCCCUGUAUUGGAGCCCAUUCAUCCCAGUCCUGAAUGUAAAGAUGAAGCCUCAGAUGCUCCUGAGGGCUUGGAAAAGAGCAGCAGCAGUAUAGAGAUGGCAGAUAAGUCACAAAUUCUGCCAGAGGGUAGUAACCAGGGCCAGACUCUAGCUGAAGUGAAACCUGAGCCUGGGGAGGAGAUGAUCACUGACCAGAGCACAUCCGAAGAGAAACAGCAGCUACACAAGGAUGACCUGGGUGAAGACUAUGUCCAAAGGGAUCCCCAGGGGGAGCACAGUGGGGCUUCCUCAGGAGGGUCCUCUCCACUACCAGGAGAUGGAGACAGCGACUGCUCAGGGGCUAGGGCCAAGGUUCGGCUGUCUGAAGAUGAUGACGUUCAGGUGCAUCACCCACGGAAAAGGAAGAUGCCCCGGGUGCCUCAACCGAUGCAAGCUAGCCCCACUGCGCAGCAGGUUAAGGAGAGGAACCAACAGUCUCUGGCUGCCAUAGUAGACUCACUCAAGCUGGAGGAGAUACAGCCUUACCAGACUGAGAGAGCCAACCCCUACUAUGAGUUCUUGCACAUCCGUAAGAAGAUCGAGGAGAAGCGCAAAGUGCUUUGCAGCGUUAUUCCUCAAGCACCGCAGUAUUACGAUGAAUACGUGACCUUCAACGGCUCCUACCUCCUAGAUGGAAAUCCACUUAGCAAACUUUGCAUUCCAACUAUAACACCACCUCCGUCAUUGCCUGAACCGCUGAAGGAGUUGUUCAAGCAGCAGGAAGUUGUCCGCAUGAAGUUGCGUCUGCAGCACAGCAUUGAACGGGAAAAGCUAAUUGUUUCAAAUGAGCAAGAGGUCCUGCGUGUCCACUAUCGUGCAGCAAGAACACUAGCCAACCAGACCCUGCCUUUCAGCGCGUGUACAGUUCUUCUGGAUGCUGAAGUUUACAACAUGCCGCAAGAUGCCCAGGGAGAUGAUGGGAAAACAUCUGUCCGUGACCGGUUCAACACCAGGCAGUUUAUGUCAUGGUUGCAGGAUGUUGACGACAAGUUUGAUAAACUGAAGACCUGCCUCCUGAUGCGUCAGCAGCACGAAGCCGCUGCGCUGAAUGCUGUGCAGAGGCUGGAGUGGCAGCUCAAGCUGCAGGAGCUCGACCUGGCCACCUACAAGUCUACCAGCAUCUUUGAGAUCCCCGAGUUCUACAUCCCACUCGUCGACGUCAAUGACGACUUCGACCUAACCCCCAUAUGAUCUGGCGUCCGGGAGUGUCCAGCACUUAAUGUAGAGCAAAGAUGACAGCUCACGCUGUGGAACUUACGGCGAGCCCCGGGACACUGGCCCUUCCUGUGACACACUGUCCCCAUCCGAGUAGGCGAGGCAGGGCGAUGCGUCCCUACCGGGACGAGUUGAAGGCACUUACACAGCAGGAGUGGCACUUAUCAUGAGGACUAGAGCAUGAGGCCAAUCAGCACCAGGAGCUGUGAGCCCAGAGGAAGGGGAUCAGCGGUCAGGGACGGGCUGUCGCCCCCCCACAUAAUAAGCCACAGGAGUAAGGCUUUGGGUUUAAAAGGGGGGGGGGGGCUUCUAUCUUAGUGUCCAUACAUGUACAAAAUGUGUUCAUUUUUUAAUUUAUUUUAUACAUACAGAUUGUGCAUUUGUAAAUAGUUGUGUAAUUAUUUUUAACUUGUAAAAAAAAAAAAAAAGAAAUUGAUAUUUUGAUUGUAAAGUUAUUUUGUCUUUUCUUGGACCAAAGUUGGUUUUUAUAGUCUGUGUCAUCUGUUUGUUCCUGGCUAAUUCUGAAGCAUGUGUUUGAACUUCGUUGUUUCGUUUCUUCCCUAAACUGCUGCCCCCCGCCUGUGUUUUUGACUUGUGGUUUUAAUUCAGUGCAUGCCUUGCAGGUUCCGCCUUCCUUUCUGAGAAACCUGCCGUGGACUGUCGUGCGAUUCUGUAGGUGUCAGAGGCUCUUGGCCAUUAUGGUCCUGCGCGAAAGCCGCCUCUUUUUACGUGUCUGUCUAAUGUUGCGCACAUUAAAAAGAUUAACAGCUCAAUGUGGCUUCUCUGCUCAGAAAUGUUACUUUUACAGUUCAGUGUGAGUUCAGAAAAGAACCUAUUUUUACAACACAAUGCCUUUGAACAAUGGUUAUAAAAAUGUCUAUUUUAAUAUUUACUUGUUACAGUAUAUGUACAUAUUUGUAAUAUAUCAUUGAAUAAAUUUUAUUGGUCGUGAAAUCGA